AAACAAGUUUUCAUCUCAAAGUCCUUAGUAUCAUUUGGAACAAGAGGUUGGCAAGAAGAACACUGGACUAUUGCCCGUAAAAUCGUUUUAAUUCAAGGAAGAUGUCUUCGCCGUCCCCAGGGAAAAGAAGAAUGGACACCGAUGUGAUUAAACUCAUCGAGAGCAAGCACGAAGUCACGAUUCUUGGUGGCCUUAACGAAUUUGUCGUAAAAUUUUUUGGACCUGCAGGCACACAUUACGAAGGAGGCGUAUGGAAAGUGAGAGUUGAUCUACCUGAUAAAUAUCCAUUCAAAUCACCUUCCAUAGGAUUCCUAAACAAGAUAUAUCAUCCUAAUAUUGAUGAGGCGUCUGGUACAGUAUGUCUUGAUGUGAUCAACCAAGCUUGGACAGCCUUAUAUGAUCUUUCCAAUAUUUUCGAAUCCUUCUUACCUCAACUGUUAACAUAUCCUAACCCCGUUGAUCCCCUUAAUGGUGAUGCAGCUGCGCUUUAUCUACAUAAACCAGAGCAAUACAAAGAUAGGAUAAAAGACUAUAUUAAGAGAUUCGCUACUGAAGAAGCGCUUAAGGAACAAGAUGAAAUGAGCUCGUCGAGUGAAGAGAGUACCAUUUCUGAUUUUUCAGAAGACGAGACACAUGACAUGGAGUUAUAGUAUUGUGCAAAGGAUAUAGAGGAUUUUAUAUAUUAAGCUUAAUUGUACAGAACACAUUUUAUAUACAUACCGCAAGCUUGAUGCACGAGCUGAUCACAUGCGUUCCGAUGGCCAGCCUUUGCACAAGCUGCAUGCAAACAAAAAAUUGGUGCAGGUUGUGCUCAGGCUAAACGUUGUGCUUUUAUGUUUAAGCAAAACUGGUGAAAUUCAUUAUGUUUAUUCUUAAGUUGCCAUUUCACCAUGACCUCCGCGUUAUCUUAAUAUUUCAUUUGCGAUCACAAAAAUAUUUCCUCUUUCAUACAUCGGGGUUUCAUGUUAUGUAAAAUUCAGCGUAUUUUGAUUGGUUAUUUUUGUUAUGACGAUUCCUUUCCGUGUUUCUUAAAGACCAUCGGAAACACUAUUGUAUAUCAUCUGCUCAAACUUGUAGUAUUUUGUACAUAAUUGUCCCCAUAUACUAUCCCUUUGUACACAUUCGCCAUUUCGCCCUACUAAUGGACGAAACCAGUGUGAAUUCCACCAGCAAUUUCCUUCAGUUCUUACUUGCUCUGCUUCAUGUCUUACUAAAAACACUAUUAGCUAUGUAGAAGUUUCUCGUUGCAUUUUUUUAUGUUCUGGAAACUUUGUUUGGCUUUAAACGUUGUGUUAGAUACCUUUCUAUCAUGUUGUUUUAUAAAUCUAAGUGCUCAAGUAAACAAGCAAUGUGUUAGGAUACCACAGACAUGCUACAAAUGGUAAUACGAUUUUUUGGCUCACGAGAAAAGUUUUCUACCAAUAAAAGGAGUGCGACGAGAGUUAUGACAAACAGUUUGUUUUCGAAUGAAAAGUUGAUUGGAAUGGGCAAGCUAGGUAUAUGCAUGUAUAAACUUAUUUUUCUUAUCAGUCAUACAAUGUUCUGUUCAGCAUUAGUUCGUAGAACUUCAUUUAAUGAGUAGUUGGCGCGUCAUGUUUUAAGAAAUUUGGUCUUCUGCUGUUGUGAAAACAUAUAUAGUAUUUUGUUUUAGUCAAAGAGGUCGAGUCAUGUAAAAUGUUGAAAGAAAAUAAUUAUAUCAAAUCAUAGAAUCGUA